GUAUAAUAAAGGCACAUACAAACAUCUCAUUGCAAACGCGUGCAGCGCGAGACCAGUAUUAUACUCUUUCCGUCCAUUUUGAUGACCAUACAAAUCUGACAAAGUCAGGCAAUCAUUUUUCAAACUUUAUAGAACACUCCAUACAAAAGAACCAAUAAUUGAACCGGUAGAUCUGCGUACUUGGAACCAGUUCAACGGCGAGAAAAAUCCCUACUCCGAUGGGUCACCAAGAAAAAUCCCCACUCCCGCCUCACGUGCUUAUCUUCCCCGUACCCAUCCAAGGCCACGUAAACUCCAUGCUCAAGCUCGCCGAACUCCUCUCCCUCGCCGCCGUCCACGUCACCUUCCUCGUCUCCGACUUCAGCCACCGCCGCCUCCUCCGCCACGCCGACAUCCACUCCCGCUUCUCCCGCUACCCCGGGUUCCGCUUCCAGACCAUCUCCGACGGCCUCCCCGAGGACCACCCGCGCGCCGGCGAGAGGGUCAUGGACAUCAUGCCUUCGAUAAAGAACGUGACGGGGCCGCUGUUCAAGGAGAUGAUGGUGGCCACCGAUUGCCUGAGGUCUGAAGAUAGGCGGCCGGUGACGUGUAUCAUAGCCGACGGGGUUUUGAGUUUCGCCGGCGAUUUUGCUUUGGAGAAGGGGAUUCAGCUUGUUUAUUUUCGAACGGUCAGCGCUUGUUCGUUCUGGGCUUGUUUCUGUUAUGAGGAAAUCAUUGAAGCUGGUGAAGUUCCUCUCAAAGGAAAUGGAAUGGACCUACAGGUAAAAAGCGUACCCGGAAUGGAAGGGUUUCUCCGGCGCCGUGACUUGCCCGGGUUCUGUCGGGUCGACGAAGUAUCCGACCCACGUUUUCAAGUAAUAAAAAAUGAGACCCGACAAACCCCUCGAGCCCAAGCCGUAAUUCUCAACUCCUUCGAAGACUUAGAAGGACCGGUUCUCUCUCACAUUCGGACCCGAAUGCCCAAUCUGUUCACAAUCGGACCCCUCCACGCCCACCUGAAAUCCCGACUAUCUGAGGAAAAAACCACCACCACGCCGCCGUCGACGACUUCUGGUAGCUUCUGGGAAGAAGAUCGAUCCUGCAUUGAAUGGCUCGACAGAAAACCCCCAAAAUCAGUUAUCUAUGUGAGCUUCGGAAGCAUUACAGUUUUGUCAAGGGACCAACUCAUGGAGUUUUGGUAUGGGUUGGUAAAUAGCGGGCAACACUUUUUAUGGGUUAUGAGGCCGGACUCCAUCGCCGGAAAAGAUGGGGAGAGUCAGAUUCCGGCGGAGAUUUUGGAGGGUACUAAGGAAAGGGGUUACAUGGUUGGGUGGGCUCCACAGGAAGAGGUCCUGAACCAUGGCGCUAUUGGUGGGUUUUUGACGCACAGCGGGUGGAACUCAACUUUGGAGAGUAUAGUUGCGAGAGUGCCGAUGAUUUGUUGGCCUUACUUUGCUGAUCAGAUGAUUAAUAGUAGAUUUGUGAGCGAGGUGUGGAAGAUUGGACUCGAUAUGAAAGAUACUUGUGAUCGAGUUAUAAUCGAGAAGAUGGUUAGAGAUCUGAUGGUCGUGAGGAAAGAUGAGUUCAUCAAAUCGACAGAUCGAAUGGCCAAGAUGGCAAAAGAAGCUGUGAGCGGAGGUGGAUCGUCUUACUGCAACUUAGACCGUUUUAUUGAGUUCAUCAGAUCCAUGGUUGUUUGAGCUUACACGUUGAAACUUGGAAGCUCUUCAGGUCACAUUUUGCUUAUGUGACGUGAUCUGAGUUUUUUAUUGGAUGCAUACUAUAUGUCCUUAAAAAAGAAUGUGUAUCGAAGCAUUUUCGAAAAUUUGGUAAUGGGUUAAUUAGAGAAGCCUUCAAGUGCAGGCCCAUCAACAUUAUGCAAAUGGUAGUACAUUUUCAAUUUGAAAAUUGAUUUGUCAAUUGCAAGGUUCUCUUCAUGAAUAAAAGUUUUAGUAGCAUAUA